AUGCCUCUCGUCCCGUCAGGCACCCAUCUUGGGCCGGAGAGGCCUAUGACAUGGCCGCUCUGGUGGCGAGUGGUAAUGCUAGGCUCGCUCUGCUUUUUUGUCAUGAUGGGCCAGUUCCUCAGCGCGUCUAUUCCACCAAUGAUUGUUCCCAUCAUGAUGGAUCUGCAGGUGGAUAGUAGUCAGGUUUCUCAGCUGGCCAGCUGGGCCACGCUCGCUGUUGGCCUCGGGAAUAUCUGGGCUGUCCCCACCGUCGCAUACAUCGGUAGUCGAUAUACCAUCCUGAUCGGUCUCGUUAUUUUCACAGCAUGCUUCUUCUGGCAAGGCGCCUCUCAAACAUACGACUCCCUCCUGGCGGCCCGCAUUGUCGGUGGUCUCGGCGGUGGUGUAGUCGAGUCACUUGGCCCAGUCAUGGUGGUACUUCUGUUUCCUCGAGAGUACGUUGCCCGCGCCAUGAGCGUAUACACCUUCGCCUUGGGAGCUGGCACUGUCUUUGGACCUCUUAUCGCCGGAUACAUGGUUGAAAAUCUGGGCAGUUGGAGAUAUCCCAACUAUCUCUUCGGUGGAAUUUCGGGUCUCAAUCUCAUUGCCACAAUAUUGAUGUUCCCGGAGCCUAUCAUGAAUAUUCGAGUUCCUGGAGACCCGGAGGUGCCGACUUCCCAAGACGGCAGUCUUGCCCUUGACGAGAACCAAAUCAUCGAGCCCAAGGCUGCAUCAGAAGAGGCAGGACGGGCAGAACAGCACGAGAUACAGCCGCCGCUUUCACUCAAAAUGGUUGGCCCAUACAAGCCCUCCGCUGUCUGGUUUCGGCGGUCUUUCUUUUUGACCCUCAAGCACAACCAGCCUGUGUCAAACUACCUACUACUCAUGGCGAUGCCCUUCAAAGUUCUCGCUCUUCCAUCUGUCAUUGUCACCGUCCUACUCUUUGGCGUUACAAUUGCAAUAACCAUUGGCAUUUCCGUCCUCGUUUCACUCACCUACUCAGCGCCGCCCUUAUUGUGGUCGCCAGGCCAAUUAGGCCUUUACAAUAUCGCUGUUCUUCUCGGCUUGCUAGCUGGGGUGCCUAUUGGCGGUAUCUUGGCAGAUUGGCUCGCAGCGAGAUACUUGAGGCGCCACGGCUAUUUCAAGCCGGAAUCGAUUCUGCCUAUCCUGAUACUCUUCUCAAUUACGACGCCUACAGCUACUACACUUGUAGGUGUUGGCCUUCAGCGGGGUUGGCACUGGGCUAUUGUUGGGUUGCUUUGGGCAAUUGUCAAUGCGAAUCUUACUGGUGGUAGUAAUAUCAUGAUCGCUUACUCAACCGACAGCUACCCAGAGAAGGCCAUUGACAUUGGCGUCGUGGUCAACAUCAUUAAGAACGCUAUUGGUUUUGGGGUCUCCUACUCUACAGUGGAGUGGUGGACGCACGACAAGCACUUAAUGUUCGUGACAUUGGCCACUGUGAUCUUUGCCAUCUUCCUUGGUGCGCUGCCGCUAUGGAUCUGGGGCACUAAGAUUACCAGCAAGACAAAGGCGUGGGUUCUUGGGUACAAUGUAGCGUACUGA